AUGGCUGAGCUCCAACCCAACUUCACUGGACCAAUCACUACAGGACUGGAAUCGAAAGUCUCUUCUAAAGCCCUCAGUCCCAAGGAGUUGGUGUCACAGGCGAAGGCUCUAUACAGGGACUACAUCCAUUCCAGGCUGAACCGAACCGGGAUAGGGUUGUCCAAACCUAAGCAUCAGCUGUCAGCAUCUGGUGGGAUGCUUGGACAGGUAUCCUCUGUCCUCAUGUGGUUAGUUGAUGAGUUGGAGUACCUGCGGCCCAACAUCUACCCUAACGUAGCUCGUCAGCUGAACAUAACCGUUGAGUCUGAGAGCGUGCUUUCUGAUGCCUUCCUGGCUGUGGCUGCAGAGAUCUUCUCCACUGGUAUAACGUGGGGGAAGGUGGUAUCCCUGUAUGCGGUAGCCGGUGCCCUGGCGGUGGACUGCGUGAGGCAUGGUCACCCAGCAAUGGUCCACACCAUCGUAGACUGCAUGGGGAAGUUUCUCUGCAAGAGCUUGGUCUCCUGGUUGAAGAGGAGAGGAGGAUGGGCUGAUAUCACAAAGUGCGUGGUGAACACAGACCCCAGCUUCCGCUCCCAUUGGUUGAUGUCUGCUGCCUGCGCCUGUGGACAUUACCUGAAGGCCAUGGUGUUUUACCUUCUCCAGGACAAGUGACAACGGAGGAGGAAGGUCACAGGCACACGAUGAGCAGUCUGCCCUAUAUGAACACAGCCACCCCUAUCCAUCAGUGGGGUACAGGACAAACAAGCCUGGUCCCAGAUCAUUUUGUGCUCUUGACAACUCCAGUGAUGUCAUUGUCAAGCCAAACAUGUUUGUCAUGACAAUGAGUGACAAGGAGUUGCACAAACAGACUGGUACUCCCUCCCUUUCCUCUCGCCCUCUCCCUCUGUCCCUCUGUCUGCGCUGCAGCCAUCACCGCUCUAGCGUCUAGAUAUGUUGUUGUUUACACCUGCAGAAGUUUGCUCCAACACUGCCACAGGUGAGCACCUUGGGACUUCACAAACGCACUGGAGCAUCAAUGUGAAUUAGCCUUGUCCGCUUCGAACAAACUUUAGGGUAUUUAUUAUUUAGCUUGACAGCAAUAUUUUGACGUGCAGUACAGAUCCUCCAGCUGGAUUGUGAGGUAGUAGUCUAGUCAUAUAGAUCUAUAGAAUAGAAUGCCACCAAUCAACCAUUGACUUGAAUGUGAAUGUCCUUUCCACUCAUUCUAUUUCUGUAUUUGUUUUUCUUCAGUUACAUCCGAGAGUCACAUUCCUUGCUUUAAAAUAAAAAAAUAAAAAAAUGUAUUUAACUAGUCAA